AUGGAUUAAGCUAUUCUUAUUAAUAUUGAAAAUGAUGACAAUAAAUAAAAUGAAACUGAGCUAUCCCUAUAAUUCAAACCAGAAAAACAGGAUAAUACUAAUUCAAAUGAAUUUUGUAAUUUGUGCUUUGAAUAAAAUGCUCAUCUUUUGAAUUACUCUACUAUCGAACGAGAACUAAGCAUUUGCUAGAUUUGUUGGGAUAUCAUUCAUGCUUUUUAAACAAUUAACAAAGAGAGUGCAGGCAAGUUUAAGGAUUGUAAAUUCAGCAAUGAGAUUGAAAUUAUUGUCGAAAAAUAAGGGAAAUUUUACAACUUAGAUUAUGGAGAUUGUAUUAUUUGUACAUCUGCAAAUUCUAUAUUAAUAAAAUUAAACCUAUGUAAUCAUUAUUGUUGUGAUUCGUGUUUAAGUUUUUAUAUAACCAUAAACAAUGAUAAUCGUAGAAAACUGAUGUGUCCUUAUUUGGGUUGUUCAUACGAAAUAAAUGACUAUCUGAUAUUUUAGUAUUUAUAAUACAAUGACAUUAAAACGUGGAAUAAAUUUUAAUACAAUUAAUUUUGCUACUAAAAGAGAUGCAAAGCAAAAUUUAAUUUGUAACCUUACAACAAUUUAUAGCAAUUGAAUAUCAUUUCAGAUAGUAAUCAAAAUCAAUGCGAAAUGUGUAAGCAAACAUUUUGUGCCAUUUGUUGGACUAAGCAUAUUGGAGCAUGUGAUUUUGAUAAGUUGUUUUUAAAGUACAUCAAGGAAUAACAAAUUAUAUAGUGUCCUUAUUGUCAUUCUCUGUCAGAACCAAACAAAUGCUCUGUAAGUUCAGAACCUUGCAGAGAUUACAAAGCAAAUUGGUAACAAUGUUUUGUGUGCAAUCAUUUAUUUUGUUUGGAUUGCAAAGGACCUUUGGAAUUGUUUGAAUCCAUUCCAAACUCAGAAACAUUGACAUGCAUUCCUUGUAAAAAAAGAGAAAGAAAUUGUUUUCAUCUAUUAUACCGAGUUAUUAAAUAGUUGUCGUUUAGGAUGCUCUUUGUUCUCAUGUUUUACUUAUCCAUUUUGUUUAUAGUUGCAUUUCUGGCUUGUGGCUUUGUUAUAGUACUAGGAAUAUACAUCGCCUUGCAUUAGUUUAUAUAGGUAUCUAAGUGGGUUUUUUAUUUUGUCAAAAAUCGAACGAACAGUAUUAACAAUGGGAUUUUGAUAGCAUUCUCUCCAUUAAUAAUUAUAUUAAUGCUGGUGGCCAUAGUAGUUAUUUAUGCAGUGGGAUUCAUACCUCUCUUAAUAUAUAACAUCAAAUAAUACUUUUAUAUAGAUGGUUGA